UUUCUGUUCACCUGUUCACCCCAGUUGUGUUCAUGUUCUCUAAUUGCCCUCAAGUGUCUGUUUUUGCUCCCUGUGUCUUCCCUGCCCACAUUAUUAGAUUCCUGUAUGGACCGUGUUAUUAGGAUUUUGGACUCUUCUGCCAGUUGAAUAAAGGUGAGAAAAUGACGGUACGAUCAUACAGUCUUCUUAUUCUGGCAGCAUGGCUGAAUGCUGUGUUCUGGUGCUCCAUGCCAAUUGUUGGCUGGGCUGGCUAUGCCCCUGACCCCACUGGAGCUACAUGUACCAUCAACUGGAGACAGAAUGAUGCGUCUUUUAUUUCUUAUACUAUGGCAGUGAUUGCUGUGAACUUUGUGGUUCCUCUGUGUGUCAUGUUUUACUGCUACUACAGUGUGACAGUCACUGUCAGGAGAUACAAAGCAAGCAACUGCCUGGACUGCAUUAACAUGGAUUGGUCUGAUCAAAUGGAUGUCACCAAGAUGUCAAUUGUAAUGAUUGUCAUGUUCCUGGUUGCCUGGUCUCCAUACUCCAUGGUGUGUCUGUGGGCAUCGUUUAGUGACCCAAAGACUAUCCCUGCCCCAAUGGCUAUUAUUGCUCCACUCUUUGCCAAGUCCUCCACCUUUUAUAAUCCCUGUAUUUACGUCAUUGCCAACAAAAAGUUCAGAAGAGCCAUUACAGGCAUGAUUCGGUGUCAAACAAGACAGCGAGUCACCAUCAAUACCCAAGUUCCCAUGACAAUUUCCCAACAACCUCUGACCCAGUGAGAUGAUAUUGCAUUCAGCAUGAUGUCACAUUAAUAUUAAAAUAACUUGGCAUUAAAAUGCUGUGUAGAAAAAUGCAAUAAUGACAGCAAUGAGUGACGGUGCUUCCACUGUCAGCUCAGCAAAUAUUUUGUCUCCCUUAGUUUCACAAAAUGUAACCUACAAAGUCUUUAGAAGGGUGAGAGCCAUAGAUGAGCUGCUUAGGCUGGGCCCUUAAAAGCACAUGGGUCUAAUGGGUCUAAUGGGCUAAGCCAUUUUUUUAAAGAUUGCAGCUUCCACUAUCAAACACCCAUGCUGAUGUUUUUCUGAUAGCUUGAUUGAAAAGCAGCUGUAGUGUUUCCUUCUUCUCCUUUAUUGGGACUGUUAUAGGGCCAUCAGUCUCUACUGUCCCUUCUAUCAAAAGUCUUAAGGAACCUGUGAAUAAACACUUAAAAAAUAAAGAAAA